CAAACAGUGCCCCGAACCCUGAGGGACGUUCGCCCUCACACCCCAAGGCACUCACGCCGGGCACCACAGAGCACAGUGCCGGCCGACCGCACGGACUCUGCGGUAUCACAUACGUCUCUCCUCGGCUGCUUCAACAGGCCCCACAAGUGACGGCCGGCGAUAAGUCCGUCAGUCGCCGGAUCGCCGUCGAAGAGAGCACCGAAGCCCCAAGAGAUCACCAUGGCCGAACCGAAGGACGUACUUGUCGCGGUGCUGCAGCUGCUGGUCGGGCUCGCUUACACGGCCUACUGCGUGUUGGAGACUCUCGUGCUCACCUUCGUGCCCCGUCGCUUCCGCAUGAAGGACGUCACGGGGGACAUCGUGCUUGUGACGGGAGGAGGCUCGGGCAUCGGGCGGCUCAUGUGCCUCAACUUCGCUAAGAAGGGAGCUAAGAUCGUCACCUGGGAUGUUGAUGAGGCAGGAAACAAAGAGACGAUGCGGCAGGUGGUCGCCUUGGGGGGUACGUGUCGCGCCUACACCGUAGAUCUUUGUGACCGAAAUGCUGUGUACAAGGCCGCCGACAGAGUCAAAGAGGAAGUAGGCAAGGUGGACAUUUUAGUCAACAACGCAGGAAUCGUCACUGGGAAGAAGUUCAUGGAAUCUUCCGACGACCUCAUCGUUAGAACCUUCCAAGUCAACACUUUCGCUCACUUCUGGGUAGGAAAGAGAGAGAGAGUGAGAGAGUGAG